AUGAUGAUUGUAGCAGCUAUUUUUAUCAUACUAUGCUGCUAUUGGAUUUAUUGGGCGAUUGAUUUCAAAAGAUUAGACAAAGCGACGGCUUCGCUGGCCAUGCCGCCAGCUUUGCCAAUCAUAGGAAACGCCAUGCUUUUUAUGGGGAACUCUCAAAAAAUUUUACAAAACAUUGAAGAUAUCGCUUCUAUCGCAUUGAAAAAUAACGGAGUUGUAAAACUUUGGUUAGGUCCUAAACUUUAUAUCGCCAUUGUGAAUCCUGAAGACGCGCAAGUGGUGUUAGAAAAUUGUCUUGACAAAGAUGGAGUUUAUCGAUUUUUACGUCCUUGGCUUGGUAAUGGACUUUUCAUAGCUCCUUUAGGCUUGUGGAAGGCCCACAGAAGAGUAUUACUGCCUGUUUUUCACAACAAAGUUGUUGAAGAAUAUCUAGUAAUAAUUUCAAAACAAGCAAAUAUUCUGCUCGAACGUCUUGAAGAACAAUCGGGGAAAGAUGAAUUUGAUGUCCUACGUUAUAUUUCCGCUUGCACGCUUGAUGUUGUAUUUGAAACAGCAAUGGGCGAGAAGAUGGACGUUCAACAUUCGCCAGAUACCCCCUACCUUAAAGCGAGACAUACAGUUAUGACGAUAAUGAAUAAACGCCUUUUUAAGAUCUGGUUGCAACCCGACAGCCUUUUCAACCUUACCCCUUACUCAAGCCAGCAGAAGGAAAAUAUAGAUCUGACACAUAAAUUCACUGAUGAGGUGGUUCGAAAAAGAAGAAUCCAGUAUGAAAUAAAUAAAAACAAAAAAUCUGAUGAUUUUUCAGAUAAUAAGGUUAAAGCCGUUUUAGACAUGUUGUUUGGACGAGAGAUCGAAUUUACAGAUGUUGAACUACGCGAACAUAUAGACUCUAUAACGAUAGCCGGCAACGAUACUACUGCUCUAGUUAUCGCAUAUACUUUGGUUUUACUUGGCAUUCAUCAAGAUGUACAACAAAAAGUACUAGAAGAACAAAUCUUAAUAUUUGGAGACUCAAAAUUAGGAGCUGUUAAGGAAGAACUUCAAAAAAUGAACUAUUUAGAAAGAGUUAUAAAAGAAAGCAUGCGUCUCUACACAGUUGUUCCCAUAAUCGCAAGAAAAAUUGACAAACAAAUUACUUUGCUCAAAUGUAACGUGACAGUACCGGUAGGAGUAAGCGCUGUAGUAGGAGCUUUUGCAAUACAUCGCUCGAAAGUAGUUUGGGGCCCCAAAGCAGAUGAAUUCGAUCCAGAUAGAUUCCUUCCAGAACAUUUAAUAAACAGACAUCCUGCGUCAUUUCUACCAUUUAGCCAUGGUUCUAGAAAUUGCAUUGGAAGAAAUUUCGGUAUGAUAAUAAUAAAAAGCAUAAUUUCAAGCAUUGUAAGGACUUAUAAAAUAGAAGCCAAUGAAGUGGGACCACUUAAAGUAGAAGUGCUUCUAUACCCUGUAAAAGGUCAUCAAAUCAAAAUAACGAAACGC